AUGUUUUCUUACUUGACGAACUCAAGGAGACUGUUUACAUGUAUCGACCUUUGGGCUAUCGGGGAUCCUGAUAGAUCUAAUUAUGUGUGUUUACUGAAGAAAUCUUUUUAUGGGCUAAAACAAGCUCCACGGGCUUGGUAUAAGCGAUUUGCUGAUUAUGUCUGUACCCUUGGAUUUUCUCACAGUAAGAUCGAUCAUUCCUUGUUUGUUUAUCGUCAAGGUACUUCUAUGGCUUAUCUUUUAUUGUAUAUCGACGAUAUUAUUUUAACUGCUUCCUCUAAUGUGCUCCGCCGGUCUAUCAUAUCGCUUCUUAGCUCCGAAUUUGCUAUGAAUGAGUUGGGCCCAUUGAGUUAUUUCUUGGGCAUUGCUGUCACUCGUCAUACAAGUAGUUUAUUUUUAUCUCAAAGGAAGUAUGCGGCUGAGAUCAUUAACCGAGCUGGCAUGUCAUCGUGUAAGCCAUCUCCUACUCCGGUUUCUCCAAAGUUGAAGUUUGGGUCUACUACGAGCAUACCGUUUGAAGACCCAUCUCUUUAUCAAAAUCUUGCAGGGGAAUUGCAAUACCUCACGUUCACGAGAUCGAAUAUUACUUAUGAUGUGCAAAAUGUAUGCUUAUUCAUGCAUGACCCACGAGAUGAGCACAUGAACGCUCUCAAGCACAUCGUGCGCUACCUACAAGGUACUUUGGAUUAUGGUCUUCACCUGUAUCCCUCUUCCACAACCACUCUUGUCUCGUAUACUGAUGCUGAUUGGGGUGGGUGCCCCGAUACACGACGUUCGACUUCGGGUUAUUGUAUUUUUAUGGGUGAUAACUUGAUCUCAUGGUCCGCCAAACGUCAAGCUACUUUGUCCCGUUCGAGUGCAGAGGCAGAAUAUCAAGGAGUUGCCAAUGUGGUUUCUGAGUCGUGUUGGUUGCGAAACUUGCUUUUGGAACUUCAUUCUCCUAUUCCACGGGCUACUUUGAUUUACUGUGAUAAUGUUAGCUCCAUUUAUCUAGCUGGUAAUCCUGUUCAGCAUCAACGCACUAAGCACAUUGAGAUGGAUAUAUAUUUUGUAUGGGAAAAAGGUGGCUCGUGGCCAGGUUCGAGUAUUACAUGUCCCCUCUCAUUAUCAGAUUGCAGAUAUCUUCACCAAAGGCCUUCCAUUGGUGUUAUUUGA